UUUAGGAUUUGCAAUAACGUGAAAAAAUGCGCCUUCUAGUGUUCAUACCUUUUUAUCGAAGCAAUUACUGUUUGGACAUCCAGUGUAUUCCAAACAAAUGCACAAAUUUGAUUGAGAAUAAAAAUAAAACCAAAAUUAGGGAAUAGAAAUUAAUAAACAUUAACAAAACAAAAAACAAUUUAAAACUCAUUAAAUGGUGCUUACAGUAUAUUGAAAACAACAGAAGACCUAACAGUGAGCCAUGAUGAACUCCAAAUGUGAAGGAGCCACUUUACACAUGCAGUUCUAUCGAUCAACAAAUGUCAGAGAAAGCCAGUUUAUUUGACAAAUCUUGAGAGAAAAUAAUACAGAAUACCACAAAACUAGAUAUUUGUAUAUUUUGUGGACACUUCUCAUUUGUUAACUUAAAGCUUGAACCUGUAAAUUUGCAAAACAUACAAAAUGUGAUCAAAAUAAGGAUGUAAAUCCGGUGAGAAAGAAAAUGUUUUAUGUGAACUCCAUUAUUAUGUUUAGUGUGAAGCUUUCCUCAAACUUUGGACAGACAGGAGGAGUUUUUUUCCUUUUUUCUUUUUUUUUUCCUCCAUAAGCCCAGAGGUUCCCUGCAUUGCUCUGCUUGAUGGGCUGUAAUCGCUGUUCAGGGAUGUUGUGGAAAGGCCGCCACUGCGGGGUGGCUUCACUGGCUGCCUUUCAACCUGUCACCGAUGUGUCUGUGUGUGUCACAAUGCCUUGUUCACUUUGCUCUUAAAUAAUUGUCAUCUUGAACAAUGGCAGCUCGUUCAGUGGGCUUUCACACAACAGGAGAAUAGGAGGCAUACAAAAAAACAUCCACUAACAUGCAGUCAGACUGAACUUCAGCCCUAAAAAAACUUUAUUUUUACGUUUUUUUUAAAUGCAUUUGAACUAAAAGCAUUGGGGGAAAAAACACUUUUCCUUUUUUUUAUUUUUUAGCAAAAGUUUCUUUGCUUCAUCGGGUCUGCUGUUGGUGCCUCCAUCAGCGUUUUUCAGGUGUUUCUGCCGCAUUCACAAACAUUGUGUCAGAGGGCAGCCGCUUGCAGUGAGAAGGUGGCCUAUAGGGGGCACUGUUAGCUCUCAUGACAGACUUGUGGCCCAACAGGUUUCUAACACCAGACUGCAUUUCCUCUGACAUCCGCCCAAAUUGCAGGCAUAAUGCAAUUAAAUACCCAUAUUUGACCCCGCAGACCACUUUCACCGCAGUUGACCCGCAUGUAAUUGUCAUUUGCAUGCGUGGAAAAGCUUGCUGUGGCGCGUCUUGAAAUCAUGCACUCUGGUUUGUGCUGUAGCAGAACAAAUGAGGAGAUUGGAGUCUUCUACCUGCACUCCAAAGGCGGGAAAUAAUUCCCACUCUCGUCUUCAGAGUCCUCCCAUGUCUUAACCCUCAUUCAUUUUCUCCAUCCAGCCAAAAAAAAUGCAAUUAGGCACAUCACCACGAUGGAGCUCCUCUCUGACCCCAAAACUUUCUUUUCCAGCAGUUUGGAACAAAAGAAGCCAAAUCAUUCAGGGCAUUAUUAUAGCUGGCAGUGAAUAACUGAAGGAUGUGACCCCCCCACCCCCACCCCCACCCAUCCGCUCCUACUGAAACGCAGCGCACGCAAACGCGCGCACUUGUAAUCCCCUCAGCUUCUGCAGCAGCGUCCACGGCCACGGGGCGCACACGGGCUGCAGCUUGGAUGCCACUUCACCGCCGCCGCCUGUUUCCCGCACGCCGUUCUCCUCAUCUGCUGGGGGAAAGUUGUAGGACUUUAAAUCCCGAUUUUUCCAAAUAAAAAAAAGAUUUGAACUUAUAGCUCCUACGGCGGGUGAGGAGGAGGGAAAAAAGGGGGAAGGAAACAGCUGCCAAUUUGUCAAAACUGACGGGGAUUCUUUACCAUUCGGGAUAAACAGCUGAUUCGGUUUGGAGUCUCCCGGUUUACAUCAACGCUGGAUUUUGGGGCAUGGAAGGAGGAAUGGUUGCGUCGCGCGCAUGGAGGAUAUCUGCUCCAAGGGAAUAAAUAGUGUGCAAAAAAGUUGCGCCCUUUUCCCUUGAGGGAGUUACCCGCAGGUCUGAUCCGAACGAGCCCGCAGAGAAAAAAAAGAGACAUGGGGACGCGCCAGUGCGUGGGACUCACCGCACUUCUCCUGUGCACAGUGGUGGACAGCAAGGUAAUCCUGGAUGGCCUGCAGAGGUACGGCCCCACUCCCAUGUAUCUUCCUGUCAGCUACCAGAUCCUCAAUGCAGAGUCAGCGUUCUUCUUACUUGAGGCAAACCAGGACAUAAUGAGGAACUCUAGCCUGCAAGCCCGGACUGAGUCCUUCUUCAUCCAUCAGGCCAGACAGAUGCCCUUUGUCAAUGCUAGCUAUGGACCGUUGUCUGUCCAGCAACCUGUUCCACUUGAGAUGCUACAAACGCUGCCUGGGCCAUUCAACACACCACCCUUCACUUCAUCGUCAGUGCCAACACCGGCAUCUUCAUCGCCUCUGUUUACAUUUAACUGGAAGGUCCACACCUACAUCAUCAGCGAGCAGAUUCACCCGAGCUGGCCUAAGGUUCAGGUGUUGUUCUACAUCGCUGGCAGAGACUGGGAUGAUUACAGCACUGCCCAUAAAUUACCCUGUGUCCGGAUGUUUGCCUUUCAUGAGACCCAAGAAGUGCGUGGGACGUGCAAGCUUAAAGGGGAGCUGGGGAUAUGUGUUGCAGAGUUGGAGCCUUUGGCCAGCUGGUUCAGUCCACCCACUGUGAGGCCUGGCAGGCAGAAGGUGUCCGAGCAGGUUCAGGGCACACCCGUGGAGCUCUACUACAUUGUUCAAAGCACAGACAGCGGAGACUGUAGUUCAGAGGAUUCAAGAAAGGGUAGCUCGGUUCAUACAGAACCUCAGAGACCCAUGGCCUACUUUGCGGGACAUACACCCAUGCAGCGGAUUGGAAGUGUCAGGCUCUUCCAGCCCUUGUCAGAGUUGAAGCUGGACAAUAACUUUGUGGUGAUGGCUCCUUCCAAACCCAUCAAGCAGAGGGAAACCAUUUCAACCUUUCUGGCCCUCUCCACAUUUUCGUCAGUACAUAUUUUCACCCUUAGGGUCAAACUGAAGGAGGGCGUGGCCUUCCUGGGGGUCAGAGCCAGCAACCCCGUUGUGUGGACGGUGAGCCAGGACGUACGAAGCGAAGGCCCCGGGGUUGUGACGCUACACUGCCACAGGAAGGAGAACAGCUUCAGUCAAAGAGUGGAGGCUGUGGGAUACCAGAAAGUGCUGCAGGUAGACCUGGAAGUGAACGGCCUGAUGAUGAAUCAGGGGGUACGGGAGGUGACGUGGCAGGUGGAGUAUCCACUCACCCGCACCCUGACCACCGAGGUGCAGACCCUAAUCCGUCUGGCACCGCAGGACCUUGGUGGGAUUGUGCCACUGGCAAUGGAGACUGAGAUCCUGAACACAGCCAUUCUGACGGGACGAACAGUGGCUGUUCCGGUGAAGGUGGUAACCGUGGGGACAGAUGGAGCGAUUUCUGACAUCACUGAGUCUGUGGAGUGCAAGUCAACGGAUGAACAGGUUAUUAAGGUGUCGGAACGCUGUGACUAUGUGUACGUCAACGGAAAGGAGACCAGAGGAAGGAGCAGAGUUGUGCUCAACUUCACCUACAGUUUUCUGAGUGCGCAGUUGGAGAUGAGUGUGUGGAUGCCCCGCUUACCACUGCUCAUAGAUGUGGCCGACCCUGAGCUUAGUCAGAUCAAAGGCUGGAGAGUUCCUGCAGGAAGCAUGAGGUAUGAGAGAGUUACCGACAGCAAAGACGGGAAUGCGGCAGAUGACCGGACGGAGAACUCCUGCGGACCUCAGUACCAGAGCACCACUCUGCGUGUCCUCACUCAGUUUGUGGCUGAUCUGGAGGAAAUGAAAGGAGUCCCAGAGGAUGAUGGGAUGGGUCAACAGAACUUCCUCCUUGGUAGCGACUGGCAUGUGGACAUGACACAACUUGUCAAGGAAUUCUUGAGGGUGGAGGAGCCAAGUAUCGUGGAACUGCUGAAUGGUCAAGUGCUAAUCGGACGUCGUGCUGGAGUCACCAAACUACAGGUGCUUUCCCCUCUGACAUCUACAGUCUUGGCUGAGAGGAGCAUCCGGGUCAUGGAUGAUAAAGUGAGUGUGACAGAGCUCGGAGUGCAGUUGGUGUCUGGACUUUCUCUAUCGUUGCAACUCAGUCCCGGGAGCAACAGGGCAAUCGUUGCCACUGCGGCAACACAGGAAGUCAUGGAAUCCCCUAAGCAGGAGGCUCUCAUCAGUUCUUGGCUCCAGUUUAGUGAUGGAUCCAUGACUCCAUUGGACAACUACAACGCGGCUCAUUUUACCCUGGCAGCCACCUCUUUGGAUGAACAGGUGGUGGAAGUGCAACGCAGCGAAGCGUGGAAGUGGCCCAUUGUCGUAGCCAAGGAAGAAGGUCAAGGUUUGCUUGUUCGUGUUGAAAUGAGCUCAUCAGAGGUCUGUCAGAAGGGCAAACGGCGUACAGUUUUGGCCACCGGCAUCGUAAAUGUUCAGGUGAGGUUUGGUCAAUCUGAGGAGCAAUACAGACAACCAGGAGACAGAAGAACACGUCCAGAUCCUCCAUAUUACGGGGGAUCUAUAUCUGACAUGGACACUGGAUUGAUAAACCGUGGAGCCACUACCAUCAGGGGCCAGGUUCCAAUGAAGCCCAAUGGGGGCCGUUUAUCGGCGGACAGGGGAGCAAGGGUCCCAAAUCAGUUCUCUGAAUACCCAAACCAGGCUGAGCUCCCCCGAAGCCGCAGCACUGACGAGGACUUGCUGCCGUCACGACGAGGCCUGACGGAUUUGGAGAUCGGAAUGUACGCCCUGCUUGGCGUCUUUUGCCUGGCCAUUUUGGUUUUUCUCAUCAACUGCAUCUCUUACGCGUAUAAAUACCGUAACAAGCAGCUCUCUCUGGAAGCCCCGGAGACGAUGCCUCAUGCCCACGACUGGGUCUGGCUCGGACAAGAAGAGGGGCUGUGUCUGCAGCAGCAGCAGGAGGAGCUGAGCGGAACGCUGGAGGAGGGUAGUCAAUUAUUAAAUGGGAGCGUGCAGCAUGGUCGUACCAGCGGAGGUGGAUGUAGCUCGAGUGGAAAGGAUCACCGGAGUGAGUCACUUAACUCGCCCACUACCAAGAGAAAGAGGGUGAAGUUCACUACUUUCUCAAACGUAAAGUCCAGUAAUGGAUGCCCAGUACUCAGCCCACUAGCGCUGGUGCAGACCAGUGAGAUAAAAUGGGUCUGUCCAGACAUUGAGCUUGGGGACUCAAAGGAUCUUAGAAACUACAUGGAAAAGCUUAACGAGAAUGCAAUUAAGAACACUGCAUAAGAGGUACGGGGUGUUUUCAACGAACUACACAGAAACUCACCUGGAUGCCUUUAGAAAACGGAAGAAGAGGGAAAAAAAGGGGGUGAGGAAACAAACAUGUGGCUGUUCUUUAUUUGUCCAUCUCGCCAUUAAAAUAGAAUAGUGGACUCAGCUACUGGUGUUUCAAUGACAAUUUUGACAUAGAGUCAAGCAACAAUUUUCCCAGACACGUUUUGCCACGACAAAUUAACACCAUGAUAAAAGAAAGGGGGGGAAUUGUGAUCAUGGUUUUGUUGCUUUUUUUCUCAUUUUGUUUUGUCUUAAGUUAAUUCUCAUUUUCCAUUUCUUUGUCAAUGCAAAAUCUAACAUUUUAAUGUUUUUAUUGUUUUACUAAAGCAUUUUUUGGUACUUUUUGAACUCCUUUUCUAACUUUCCCCCCCAGAUAUGAUGAAUCUUCUUCACCGUAUGCCGGCAGUUAUAGAUUCUAUAGCAGGAGUUUAAACCAACUUUUUAUUGUAUAUAAAAGUAAAGUUUGAUUUGUUGAUACUAUGUGUAGUAACAUCUCGUAAAGUGUUUUUAUUUAAUUAAUUGUUUUGUUUUGUUUUGCUUUACAUUUUGUUUUUCUCCAGUCUCCAGGAAGCAGAUCUGUGCAUGACCUUACAUAAGGGGAAGAAUAUGUGUCCGGUCUGGUACACAGACUCAGAAAGUGUAGAUAACUUAAAAACGUGUUCGCUUGGAGACAUGUCACAACCAUUCACAAUGUGAAGACUUGAAAUUGUUUAUUACUGUUAUUUAAUUUUUUUUAAUGUUCCCAAAUUUCUUUUUAUCAUAAAUUGUUGAUUUUCUUUGUGAUGACUGCUCCUCCCCCUUUGUGUAUGUCACAUCACGUAGGCUUGUCUGUACAAAAUCAAAUGUCGCAAUUAUGUCAGAACAAAUUAUAUCCAUCUGCAUAAUUGUGAGUAUCAAGACAAUCACACCACAAUUAGUUUGGUCGAAAUUAGCAGGAAAAAAAAAGAUGAGGAAAAGUGUAUAUGCCAUUUUGGAUCCUAGUAAAGGAGUUAUGACAAUUUAUAAAAGAGUUAUGAAAAACUGUGAAAUCAAUGACCAUAUCUGAUCUAUUACCCUCUUUUGUUGUAUGGCGGUAUUAGUCAAGUUCAUCCUUUUCUACUGUGUCUCUGUUUGAAAAUUGGCUGCUGACUUAUUAAAAUUGAAGGUGACUCUUA